AUAAAGGCAGUAAUAGGAGAGGGCAGGAGAGGAGAGAACCAAGCCUUGUCUCCCUCUCUUUCUUUCUCUCUCUCCUCUCUCUCUCUCUCUCUCGCUUUCUCCCUCCCUCACUCUCUCUCUCUCUCUUUCUCUGCCUCUCCGCCGUGCAUUAGUUGACCUCCUGGACGCCGACCCUCCGCGUUCGCGCGCAUCGCCAUGCAGCAGCAGCAGCAGCACAGAACUGCCAUCCUCUUCAUCUACACAUCCAUCCUUUUAGUAACAACUAAAGCCCAAAGAAGUCACCAUGAUAACCACAGAAUUGAUGCAUAUGACUCAUUUCAUGACAAGGAAUUAGAACAAAACUUAAACAGCCUUCAGCAUGAACAACUGUUUCUACCUAAGAAAGAUCAUUUAUCAAGUGUAUCUUCUGAGCUCAAUAAAGACAAACUGGAAUGGAUAACUUUGCCAAGGAUGAAUCCUUCACAACACAGUGACAAAUUAAAUAAAAACCUUCCAUCAAGACAGCCUCCUUCCAUCGAUAAAGAUCAUAAACAGCCUGAACAUUUUACACCAAAGAAAGAUCAUUCAUCAAGUCUAUCUCCUGAGCUCAAUAAAGACAAACUGGAACGGAUGACUUUUCCAAGAAUAAAUCCUUUAACACGACGAGACAGACCACAAAAAAUGAAUCACUCAAGACUGCAUCACCCCACCAACAAAGACCAUUCAAAGAGGAUAAAACUAAGAAAUACGCAAUCAUACAAGAGACGUGCUACAAGGGGUUAUGGGGGAGUGUCUAAUCAAAUGGAGCAAGAUUCACAGCAUACAUUACAACGACAACUGCACCCCAUAACUCCUGAUAUAUAUCCAAGGAAGAGGAGGAUUUCAAGAUUCCAACUGGGGAGAAACAAAGGAGGCAACAGAGAACAUGGACGUUCCCAGGGAGUUCAAUCAAAGAAAAGAAGGAAACACAUGAAAAAUGGAAAAUACCCUAAGAGCCUGCCAAAAAGCCAACACAGGUUAGACCUGGGCUCCCAUCAAAGUCAUGAACAAAAAGGACAACAUAGAAGUGCAAGAAGUAGCUGCACAGGAGGUAAAGUCUGGAGGAGGGGUCAGUGUCGAUGUCCUUCCUUGUCAAACUGGGAUGAGAAGAAAUCAGAAUGUGUCUGCAUCUAUGGAACAUACAAAGAUGCUAACGGUAACUGCCGAUCAUUCAUUUAAAUCCACUAAGAUUUGAAGUUUGAAAGAAACCAGACAAAUAAGAUUGGACAACUUUUGUAAAGUACAGUCUUUCAUCCUCAAGGACUGCACAUCACAUUCUGCAUAAAAGCACUUAAAUACAAUUUUAGUUUAUAAAUGAAAAAUAACAAAUAUCUCUCUAACCUCUCAAGAUUAUUAACAAAACAAUAGAAUUGUUUUUUUUGGAACAGGCUUCUGAUGUGUAAACAGUGAGAUCUAACACCCAGAACCUGACAAAACAAAUUUAAUCAUAAAUUACCUGUCCUUCUCUAUUAUGCAACUAGUUGCAGCAUUUGUUUUGUGAACUUUGAAUUGUAUAAGGUACAUGUGCUGUACCUAGUCUGUCUUAUCUUUCUGUAAUAUGCAUGAAAGGUAAUCCUAACAAAGAAAAUAUAUCAAAGUGGCCAAAAAAGAAAUUCCACCAAAAUUAAAGUAUUUCUGUAACACUUAGUCACUUGACAACACAAUAUGUACUUGGAUUUUGCUUUAUGUAGUUUUAGAGAGCAAAUACCCUCCAAUAAUGUUAUCUUUGAAAACUGUUGUUGGGAGAGAAAACAGUACAAACUUAGCCCGCUAAAAAUAAAUAUCCAAAUGGACAAUUACAGUACUACAAAAUGUAUGUUUAGAAUAUCUUGCAGAAGAUUAAUAAAUUACAAGGAAUUACUUCAAAUUAUCUACCAUAAGUGUAGUUCAUAAUGAUUACUGUGUGAUCUAUUGUAUUGGCUCUAUCUAGAGUUCUUCAAAAUAAAUAUCUAAUAACAGUCCCUUCUCACUGCAGAUGAACUUAGUUGUCCAAAGAUAACCGAGGAGUUCUAUUUGUACCCAGAAGGUAACAAAAAGACCGGGUAUUAAAAAUGCACAUUAAAAGGCAUCACUGUAGUUAUAAGUAAGAAUAAGCCUUGCAUAUACUUACUAAAAUAACAAAAAGUUAGUUACCAUAAGCUCAUUACUAACAUUCUUCUAUAAAUAAACUAUCAGCAAAAUGAAAACCUCUUCAACUGGAAUACUUCAUUCACCCACAGUAUAUUUUCCCCAACACAUACUCAUAUACAGUAUACAGUAGUUAUACACAAUCCUACAAGACUAGUGAACAAUAUCUGAUAAAUAUAAGUUUACCCUAUAAUGUUACAGUGCUACUGUAACUUCAGAGUUAAAACAGCAAUGAAAUACCCAGUAAGAGAAAAAUACUUUCCAGUCACUGUACCUGGAAAAUGAAAAGCCCACUACACUAACUUAUAUAAAACAUGAAACUUAGCAACAAAACAACACUUUGACAAAUUAUUAACAGGAUACUGCAUGUAAAUUGGAUAUACAAUGCAGACAAGUAUACUGGUCCCUUUGUUUCCUUUAUUAACUGUAAAAUACUGUAUGGAUAAAACUAAAAAAUUAUAAACUAUGA